GGCACCCAGUCUUGAUUCAGUGACUCCAGGGGACAGAGACCCCAUCAUAGUGGGUUAAAAGUUUGUGCCGUAUUUCUAGGCUGAACGUAUCGAGCCUCGGCUCCAGCCAUUGGAUCCUGUGAUGCCUUGUUGUAUUAAAGCAGUGCCCGCCUGCUCUCAGAAAUCUCUUCCCCACGCGCGUACUCGCAGAGCGGGAUCACCUCACCUCCGAACCAGCUCUUGGCUAAAGGGACGGAGCGCCAUUCAGCUCACACUGCAAGGCGGGUUUUACAUCAUUCCGGUAGCUCUUUUCUGCCCCCUCUCAGAUCUGCUGGUGGCGGGAUGGCGUCUCCGCUGGAACAGGCCCUCGCGGUGCUGGUGGGCACCUUCCACAAGUAUUCUGGCAAGGAGGGGGACAAGUACAAGCUCAGCAAGGCAGAGAUGAAGGAAUUGCUCCUCACGGAGCUGCCCAGCUUUGUCGGGGACCAGGUGGACGAAAGUGACCUGAAGAAGCUGAUGGGGAAUCUGGAUGCCAACGGGGACGAGGAGCUGGAUUUCCAGGAGUACGUGGUGUUCCUGGCCCUCACCGCCGAGCUGUGCGACGAGUUCUUCCGGGAGUGUGCCGACGAGAGGAACCGGAAGAUCUGAACCUGGAGCUGCCUGCCUGGCCGCUGUGUGUGUACGCAUGUGUUGGGGUCAGCACACAGUAAAGAUGCU